AGUGUCUGAAAAUGUUGCUACAAUAAUUUGAUCAUAAAUUGUGAACUCAUCAAUUGGCCAUUCUAAUGCUAGUGAAAUUUGGUCAGAGAUUCUUCCCUUCUGAGUUUGGAAAUGAUUAUGAUCGAAUUAAUGCUGAAGAGCAGGUUGAGCCAGGAAAAUCAGUAUUUCUGCUCAAGGCUAGGUCCGCCGUGCUAUUGAAGCAGAGGGAAUCCCUUACGCCUAUGUCUACUGCUCCCAAUCUGCAGGCUCUUUUCUACCUGCUUUACCAUAACCAGGAGCCACCACUACCCCGAGAGACAAUGCCUAUUAAGGACAGAGUCUCCUUCAAUGAGUUCAUCACCAUUUGGGAGAAGUUGAUUGGGAAAAACCUUGAGAAAACUUACACUUCGGAGGAGCAAAUGGUUAAAGAUAUACGAGAUGCUCCAUUUCUGGUUAGAGUUAAAAUAUCAUUCAAUCACUCAGUGUUCAUGAAAGGCGAUCAUACCAACCAUGAGAUUGAACCAGCACGUGGGGUGGAGGCUUCUGAGGUUUAUCCAGAUGUGAAAGUACACAUCCAUUGAAGAAUACCUAACCCAAUUUGUUUGAAAGAUUGAUCUUCCAGAAGGCGAGAAAAAAAAGCUUCCCUUUUUACUGAAAAUGAACAAUUGGGAUCUUGGAAGUUGAAAUAAUUGGUUUCAUGUCAAGAAAUUUGUGUGUUCAUGGGUUUCUUGUUAUCUAUGAACAGAGUAUUGUUGUGGAUUCUUGAGAUUAUGAUCAUUGUUAUAUUCUGCAUAAAUAUUUGUAACAAUC